AUGAAGACUGUUGAGAGAGAAUCAGAUUUUACUCGAAUAUGCUCCAGUGAAACACCGAACAACAUCGAGCUGAUAGUGUGCAAGAUCAGCACAGAGCGGAGAAGUGAAAUGUGUCAUCUGACUUAUCGACACGGACGAGACUUUUUAAAUGGAUGUGACUCCAGGUUCACACUGGUGCAAGAAAACGAGGCUGUGUUUCUCCACCUGACAAAUUUGAAAGGAGAGGAUAGUGGGUACUACACCUGUGAGUGUACGGCGGACAGCACAAGAACAUAUACGCUCCAUCUCUAUGUAACUGUGAAAGGGCAGUCCACCAGUUCAGCCGCGUCAGUUUUACUUGGACUCUUUGGUACAGCAGGGGUCAUCACUAUAGCUGGAUUCAUUUUUUCCUAUUGGAGGAAAAAUCACAGGCUGCCCUGUGUUAUUUUUCGAAGUAGCUACUCAACGUCAGCAACACCGGGAUUAUCUGUGCAUGAAACUCUCGGCUGUCGUGAUGAAGACCCCUACGCAGCCCUUCAGCAGCCGACAAAUGAUCUCUACCAAACUACCACCUCACUUCAUCUUCAGCGUGAUACCUGUACAGACUUAACAAGAAGCAUAGAAAGUGUGUAUCAGGAAAUGGAUCCAAAUGAUUUAAUCUAUGAAAAUAUUUAAACUAAAAGUCAGGCUAAUAUCCAACACCUGCCAUUAACAUUCUCCCUGCAAGCGACAAAAUAUCCCACAAUCAGUGUUUUCACAUCAUACAAUGUUAAAAAUCUGACGCUCUGCUCUUUCUUUUUGUAUUUAUAUGAAUAUAUCUAUGCCUAUCUAUAUGCUUAUAUUCACAGAAAAAAAUUCUAGGUCCUCUUGGCUGAUUAGUGAUUCAUGAGUCACUGUUAAAUUUAAAACAGUACUCUGGCAGGGAAAGUGUUAACCUGUCAAACUCAGUGCCAGGCUGCAGGCCUUUCUGAUUUGCAUACAUUUUUGUAAAGAUAUAAAAUA